AUGAGUUUACCAGGCAUGCUCCCGCCCAGUAUGGCCGGUGGGCAGCAGAACACUGGUGGAAUGAGUGACCAGGAGAUGAAGAUGGUGAAAGCCGUACGACCUCCCUCACCCGGCGCCCAGGGCGGCCAUGUUCAAAGCACGCUGCGCUCCUCUCGCAUGGAAUCCUGUCCCGUCAAAACCGUAAUCGCCGGCGUCAUGGGCAUGGGCCUAGGCGCAAUGUUCGGGCUCUUCAUGUCAAGCGCAAGCCUCUCCCUUAUCCGCCGAAUCUCGACUCCCUCCUGA